AUGACGCGGGGAACGUCCGAAGACGCCAAAUCUUUCUCCCUUUGGCUCGAUUGCGAUACAGGUCAUGACGACGCCUUUGCUAUCCUUCUUGCAUCUAGACAUCCUUCGAUCAAUCUGCUUGGGAUCAGCACCACUUAUGGCAACGCACCUUUAUCGAAGACUACUUACAACACCCGCGCUAUUCUCAAAGCAAUCGGCCGCGAAGACAUUCCUGUGUAUGUCGGUGCCGGUAAGCCGUUCUGUAGAGUAGCUGCUACUGCUCCAGACAUCCAUGGCGAAUCUGGCUUGGACGGAACGACGUGCUUACCAGUGCCAUCUGUGGAGCCACGGAACGACGUUACAGCUGUCGAAGCGGUGUACAGGUCAUUGAAGUCUCAACCAGCACAUUCGGCAUACUUGGUUGCUACCGGCGCUCUCACCAAUACUGCACUUCUCUUCGCGAUAUAUCCGGAUCUCGCUGCGCACAUUGCCGGUCUGUCAAUCAUGGGAGGGGCAAUUGGUGGAGGCUUCAGCACUGCGCCGAUGGGUGCGGUGAAAGGAGAAGGCGAGAGAUUUGGCAAUUGGACUAAGACGGCUGAAUUCAACAUCUACAUCGACCCAGAGGCAGCCAAGUCCGUCUUUUCAAAUCCUGUACUCGCGGCAAAGACCACUCUGAUACCACUGGAUUUAACGCAUCAAUUUCUUGCAACGCAACGCGUGCAGCACGCAAUGCUACAUGGCGGAUUCGAUGCUACUGAGAAGCCGUUGGAUAGCAUUGCCACUGUGCGGAAACUCUUCUUUGAGAUCCUUACAUUCUUCGCUAAAACCUACGCCGAUGUAUUUGGCUUGACUGAAGGGCCACCGACGCACGACCCGCUUGCCGUAGCGGCGGUAAUUGCGCCAGAUCUAUUCCACGAUAAUGGCGGGGAGCGAUACCAAUUAGACGUGGUCACGGAUGGCGAUCACGGCUCAUCCGGGCACGUUCGAAAGAGCGCGUCGCAGUGUGGGCGGACUGUUGCGACUCUGUUGACAGCUGGCGAAGGUGUCAGGAUACCAAGGAGCUUGGAAUGGGAAGCGCUGUGGCGGAUGUUGGAAGAGUGUCUCGCACGUGCUGAAGCAGCGGUUCAUAGCAAUAGCAAGAUAUGA